CCCCGUCUGAAACACUUACUUUUUCGGCAACCCCUCCAAUGACGUCAUCGAUGGAGCAGAGGUUAUAUAAGUCAGGCCACCCCGUUUCUCAGCGCUUCCCAGGACAGACAACACCUCCGGAGGCAGCUGUCGCCGUCCCGUCGGAAAACUCAGCCCAAGUCGCGCUCCGGCUCCCUUCCUGAGUCACUGUGGAUGGCAUCCCGGGCCCUCCUGGCGCUCCAGCCCAUGAACCAGAGCCAGCUCCUGCCUCCCAACGCCACCUCCUGCGAGGACGAUGCCCAGGAGGCCUGGGACCUGCUGCACAGGGUGCUGCCAACCUUCAUCGUCGCCGUCUGCUGCUGCGGGCUGCUGGGCAACCUCUUCGUGCUGUCCGUCCUCCUCCUGCCCCGGCGGCGUCUCACCGCGGCCGAAAUCUACCUGGCCAACCUGGCCGCCUCGGACCUGGUGUUUGUCUUGGGCCUGCCCUUCUGGGCCGAGAACAUCUGGCACCAAUUCCACUGGCCGUUCGGGGCCGCCCUCUGCCGCGUGGUCAACGGCGUGAUCAAGGCCAAUUUGUUCAUCAGCAUCUUCCUGGUGGUGGCCAUCAGCCGGGACCGCUACUGCCUGCUGGUGCACCCCAUGACCAGCCGGAGGCGGCGGCAGCGGCGGCUGGCCCAGGUCACCUGCCUGCUCAUCUGGGCCGUGGGGGGCCUCCUGAGCGUCCCCACCUUCCUGCUCCGCUCCGUCAAGGUUGUCCCGGAACUGAACGUGUCGGCCUGCGUGCUGCUGCUGCCCCACGAGGCCUGGCACUUGGCGAGGAUGGUGGAGCUGAACGUGGUGGGCUUCCUCCUGCCGCUGGCCGCCAUCGUCUUCUUCAACUACCACAUCCUGGCCUCCCUGCGCGGGCGGGCGGCGGUCAUGGCCGGGGGCGCGCGCUGCGGGGGCCCCGGGGAGGGCAAGCCCACGGCGCUGAUCCUCACGCUGGUGGCCGCCUUCCUGGUCUGCUGGGCCCCCUACCACUCCUUCGCCUUCCUGGAGUUUCUGGUCCAGGUGCGGGCCAUCCGCGGCUGCUUCUGGGAGAACGUCACUGACCUGGGCCUGCAGUGGGCCAACUUCUUCGCGUUCAUCAACAGCUGCCUGAACCCGGUCAUCUACGUCUUUGUGGGGCAGCUUUUCAGGACCAAGGUGUGGGAGCUCUAUAAGAAGUGCACCCCGGGGAGUCUGACGGCCAUGUCCUCGUCCCAGAGGAAAGAAAUCCUCCAGCUCUUCUGGCGGAAUUAAGGCGGCCGGGAGCGGAGAGGCGUGGCUGCAGACGCGACGGACACGAGAGCCGCUGUUGCCCUAGGCUGACGGUGGCCCCACGUAACCAGGGCUGCAGCCCCUGGGCCCUGUGAAUGCUUUUAUGGUAACAGGGACUUUGCAGAUGCAACUCAACGAAGGGUCUUGAGAUGGGGCGAUGGCCCUGGAUUAUGGGGGUGGCCCGAGGUAACCACGAAGGUCCUUUGAAAGGGAAGCGGAAGAGUCACAGAAGGCAAUGUCACAACAGAAGCCAGAGGUUGGGGCAACACAUGGAAGGGGCCGCAAGCCAAGGGCUGACGGCGCCCUCUAGAGGCAGGAGCAGGCAAGGGAACGGAUUCUCCCUGGAGCCUGGGAAGGACGCAGCUCUGCAGACCUCCCUUCCAUGGCCCCGUGCGACUGAUGUUGGAUGUCUGGCCUCCAGACACAUGACAUAAUAAAUGUGUGUUGUUUUAAGUCGAGAAGUCUGUGAUCAUUUGUUCCAGCAGCAACAGGAAAUGAACACAAGUUUCCAAUAAGGAUCUCUUACUGCAUUCCCACCGUUUUCUAGGGAGACCACUAGGAGUGCAGAGAUGCUAUAGCUGGACAGCUGUUCUCAGGCGCUCCCACCGAUGCACAUAGUUACGGUGUGAUAAAGAGAAGGAGAGUGCACGGGCGCACACGCAGACCCGCACCCCGAGUCCCCAGAGGGGCAGGGGAGGGUUUCUCCUGAGGGUUGUCAGAAGGAUGUUGUGAUGAGAGAACUGUGAGCCGAGAUGCACAAAGGGCAGGCCUGGGUACGUGGAGAGGGGAGAAGGGCCGGUGGAGGCCUAGCCGAGACACCCGGUAGAACAGCGUGGGCUACGCCUGAAAGAGUGUUUAUUGAGCUCCAUGCAUCGGCGUUCUUCUUGCUACGAGACCCAGUGGUGAACCUGAAAGUCUGCCUUCAAGAGGCUCGUGGAGAGUGUCAUUGGGGCAAGAGAAGGUCCGCUGAGAACACAGAGAAGGUGUCCAGCCGGGUGCCUGCGAGGGGCGUUGGAGAGGUUUCCCAGAGGAAGGGACAUACACGCCGAGAGGAGUGGUCCAGGUAGAAGAAACAAGCCAGACCCAGAGGCAGGCAAGUUCAUAGUCAGGAGGGAGAAGGAUGACAGGAGGUGUAGUAUGAGGCAGUGGUAGAGGGAUUGCAGGUUGGAGGAGAGUGGAGAUGUUGGGGGGCCCUACAAUGGCCAAGGGCAGAGAGGGAAGCAGGGUGUCCCAGGGGCUUUGAGGGCCCAGCUGAAGCUAGAAGCCAUGAAUUUAGUUUGCACGGAUGGCUCUUGGGUUAUAUCAAUAGGAGUAGAGCAUCUAAAAUGAGUGAGGU